AUGCGCUUCUUCUCCUGCUUCCUCUCCUCCCUCGGGGUGACGUUCGCCCUCGCCGCAACUAACCUCAAUGCUAGAGCGAACACGGCCCCGUACGAGUUGAAGAAUGGCCCGCUCGAUACGCCAUGGACGCAGAAAGUCGGCACGAACCCUUGGCCCGAGUACCCUCGCCCUCUCCUUGAGCGCAAGGAUUGGAAGAACCUUAACGGGGUCUGGCAGUACCAAAACACCAAUGCCGAUGGUAUCAACCAGCCACCUUUUGGUGUGGACCUUCCUCAAUCUGUCCUGGUUCCGUUCUGCCUGGAGAGCGCCUUGUCUGGUGUCAUGGAAUCCAACCGUUUGUACAGUUGGUACCGGACUCACUUCGAUGUUCCCCGUGAGUGGCCUGCUGGAAACCGUGUCCUCCUCAACUUUGGCGCCGUCGACUAUGAGGCCACUGUUUUCGUCAAUGGGAAGAAAGUUACGACGCACACCGGUGGAUAUUGGUCGUUCACAGUCGACAUCACAGACCAACUCUCCAAAGAUGGGCCUAACGAAUUGCUCGUCUUCGUCGAUGAUCCAACGGACAAGGAUAUGGUCCAGAUCCCGAUUGGAAAGCAAACUUUGUCCCCGUCCCACAUUUUCUACACCCCGUGCAGCGGCAUCUGGCAGACAGUUUGGAUCGAAUCUGCUCCAUCCACCUACAUCUCCAACCUGCAGAUUACCGCAGACAUGCACGGCAAAGUGGAGGUGAAGGUCGAGGCCUCCGACGAAUCCAAACUGCCGAUUGAAGUCACCCUCCACGAACCUCGAAUCGGAAAGCCGACUGAACGUCGCGAUGACAAAUCUGAACCCAUCGCCAAAGGCACCGGGUCAACGCUGACCUUCAAUGUCGACUCGCCCAAGCUUUGGUCCCCGGACUCUCCGAAUCUGUACGACAUGGAGAUCAAGUACGGUAAUGACACUAUCAAGAGCUACAUCGGCUUCCGCACGAUCUCCCGCGGUGUGGUCGAAGGCGUGGAGCGUCCGCUCCUCAAUGGCGAAUUCGUCUUUCAGUUCGGCACUCUGGAUCAGGGUUUCUGGCCUGACGGCAUCUACACUGCGCCAAGCGUAGAGGCUAUGACUUACGACCUGGAAACUCUGAAGAAGAUAGGUUAUAACAUGGUUCGGAAACAUAUAAAAGUCGAACCGGCCCUGUUUUACCGAGCGUGCGACGAACUGGGCUUGCUUGUUAUCCAAGACAUGCCUUCCCUUCGCACCCAAGUCAUCGAUCCGAACACUCGACCCGAUUGCCCGGGCUGGACUCCUGUCGCCGAUCCGAAAACCACGCAGGAGUUUGGGCGCCAACUGGAGCUCAUGAUUCAACAGCUCCGGAGCUAUCCUAGCAUCGUCACCUGGGUCAUUUACAACGAGGAAUGGGGCCAGCCCCGUGUCAAUCCGCCCGCCGAAUUCGAGAUGGUCGACCGUAUCCGGAAGCACGAUACCACUCGCCUCAUCAACUCGGUCAGCGGCUGGCACGACCACGGUGCCGGCGACUUCCACGACAACCACCACUACGCCAACCCCCAGUGCGGCACCCCCUUCUACUCGCGCGUAGCCACGCCCUACGACCCCAAGCGCAUCGCCAUCCAGGGCGAAUUUGCCGGCAUCGGGCACAAUGCCUCGUUCGAGAACUCCUGGAAAGUCGAAAGGUCCCUCCGCGAGGUCGACCAGACCUACGAGCUCAACGCCAGCAUCGAGAUCUGGAAUUACCGCGCGCACAUCCUGCUGUCGGAAUUGCUGGGUCAGGUGGAGCGGUUCGCGUGCUCGGCGGCCGUGUGGACGCAGACGACGGAUGUCGAGGGCGAGGUCAAUGGCAUGUUGACGUAUGAUCGACGGGUUUUGAGGCCGGAUUUGAAGGUGUGGAAUGAGGAUAUUAGGAAUUUGUAUAGGGCGGCUGCGAGGAGGGGUGGGAGGAAGGUUGAGGGGUGA